AUGCCGCGACGGACCCCAAUCGACCGGCGGGGGUCCUCGCAACAGCAGAGCAAGCUCUUUCUCGCCUUUGCCUUUAUCCUCUUGCCUUGGCUCCAAUUCGCAGACGCACGGCGGCAGCAGCCGCCUCCGCCCCAGCAGCAGGUGCUAUCGCAGCACGCCGUUCCUCGCAGCGACGACAGCGGCACUUCCAAUGGCAAGCACAUCAACGACGGCCCCGUCGACGGGCCACCUACCGUCGUACGCGACGGCAGCUCUCCUCAAUGGGACACGACUUCCUCCAUCCACCUCGGCUCCGCCACCACCGAGGCAUCCACGUCCGACAGCGGACGAAAGCGCUCGACUCUGAGAGAACAGCACGUUUAUCAGCAGCAGAAUCAGCAGCAGAAACAGCAGCCGCCGCCGCAGCAGCCGCAGCAACGUCAGCAGCAAGCUCGACGAGGCUCUGCCAAGAAACCGCCCGUCAAGCCCGUCAAGAAUAAUGCCAACAAGAAAAACACACGCACCGAUCACAUCCUCAUUCCCGAUGAUGCGAGCGCCAUUGUCACUUUGGCUCCGGAUAAGUCCGUUCGAGCACCAUACCCCCCACGACGUCAACGGUCAGAAAACUCCCCCGGAUCGGGGCUGGCCACGCCGCAGCAUGCGCGGAGUCUGGAGGAUUGGGAAGUAGAAGACUUUGUUCUUCUGGCGACCGUCGACGGAGACCUGUUUGCCAACAACCGGAGGACAGGCAAGGAACUCUGGCACCUGCAGGUCGACCAACCCAUGGUCGAGACGGUGCACCACCGAAGCAACACCUCGGCCCUCGACGACGACUUCAGCCCCGUGGAUCACUACAUCUGGGCCAUCGAGCCCACCCGCGACGGGCGCGUCUACGUGUGGGUUCCCGAACCCGACGCCCGCCCCCGCUUCACCGGCUUCACCAUGAAGCAGCUGGUCGGCCUGUCGCCCUACGCCGAGGAAGCCACCUCGAUCGUCUACGUGGGCGAGAAGAAGACGACCAUGAUCACCCUCGACGCCGCCACCGGCCGGCUGAUGAAGUGGUUCGGGGCCGGCGGGUCUCACGUCAACGACGCCGAGAGCUGCGCCAACCCAAACGCAAUGUUCGAGAUGGAUUCCGAGGAGUGCAGCUCCAGCGGAAUCAUCACUCUCGGCCGGACCGAGUACGUCGUCUCCAUCAACCGGCGGGACGGCAAGAGCAUCGCCACGCUCAAGUACUCCGAGUGGACGCCCAACAACCGCGACAACGACCUGUUCCACCAGUACCGCGUGUCCAAGGACAGCCGCUACAUCACCACCCAGCACGACGGCAAGAUAUACGCCUUCGACCUGGCACGCCCCGACAACAUCGGGCCCUUCUUCAGCCAAAAGUUCGACGCCCCCGUCGCCCGCGUCUUUGACGUCUGCCGUCCGUGGGACGCCGCGGCCGAGAGCAACCCCGACCUGAUUCUGCUGCCGCAGCCGGCCAUGCCGUCCCAGAACGAGGACAUGGACCAGAAGCGGAGCAACAGCGUCUUUCUGAACCGGACGGAGGAAGGCAGCUGGUACGCCCUCUCUGGACGCUCCUAUCCCCUCAUCAUCGGAGCGCCCUUGGCCGAGGCGUCGUCCCCCAGCUGGUGGGACGACGCGACCUCGGGCGACAGCCUGACGGAAGCAAAGGUAUCCACGGCCCUCGUCGGCACGCACUCUCUGAGCCUGCGCAGGAGCAGAGGGCACUUCCCCACGCUUCCCGAAGCGGCCGCAAAGGGCGACGACCCCGAAGAGCCGGAAAACGAGCCGGCCUACCCCGACGUGGAGGAGACCGCCGAGGCCGAAGAGACGACCAUCGUGGACAAGGUCAAGAGCCUUCCGCAGAGCGCCGCCAACAGCGUCGUCGACUUCAUCUCCAACCCCAUCCUGAUCCUCCUCUUCCUCACCGCCCUCGUGUACAACGAAGAGAAGCUUCGACGGUCCUACCGCGAGCUUCGCAGCGGAGGCAGUCUCCGAGACGCGCUCCUGCACCUCAUGUCCACCGAAGCGUCUGCCGUAGGCAAGCCGUCGGCUGCUCGCAAGGACCACCCUGCCCGAGCGCCUUCCAAGGAACAUCUCGGGGAGCCAGCUGCAGAAAGGACGCUGCUGCCUGGCAAGGAGCCCCUGCCGGGUGCGGAGCAGCUGGACGUCGAGCCGGACGUUGAGGGGGACAGCUCGCUCAAGACCAACGGCGCGGCAGAGGACAAGUCGGCGGCCGAGAGCGACAGCGCGUCCGCGUUGGCCAGCCCGGUGCCCGAGAAGAAAAAGGCGCGUCGCGGACGUCGCGGCGGCGUCAAGCACCGCAAGGGUCGACCCCGCGACACGUCGCUGUCACGAGACGACGAAAUGGCGAGCGCCACGGUCGAGGAGGCCGUCAACAACGCCAAACGACUCGGGGACCGGCCCAGCCUGGAGCCAGAUGUCAUGACGGUGGGGAACGACAUGCAGGCGGUGACUGGGCCCAUCAUCAAGAUGGGCAACAUCGAGGUCAACACGGACGCGCAGCUGGGAACCGGCAGCAACGGCACGCUCGUGUUUGCCGGCAAGUUUGACGGACGCGACGUGGCUGUCAAGCGCAUGCUGAUUCAGUUUUACGACAUUGCGUCCCAAGAGACGAGGCUCUUGCGAGAGAGCGACGAUCAUCCCAACGUGAUUCGUUACUACUCGCAGCAGAUACGCGACGGCUUCCUGUACAUUGCCCUGGAGCGCUGCGCCGCCUCGCUGGCGGAGAUUGUCGAGUCUCCGCACGCGUUCCGCGACCUCGCCACCGCAGGCAAGAUGGACCUGCCCGGGGUCCUGUACCAAAUCACCAACGGCAUCAGCCACCUGCACAGCCUUCGCAUAGUCCACCGCGACCUCAAGCCGCAAAACAUCCUGGUCAACAUGGGCAAGGACGGCAGGCCUCGGCUGCUCGUGUCGGACUUUGGGCUCUGCAAGAAGCUCGAGGGCGGGCAGUCGUCGUUUGGAGCCACGACGGGCCGGGCGGCGGGGACGUCUGGGUGGCGAGCGCCGGAGCUGCUGCUCGACGACGACGGCCGCGAGGCGAACCUGACGGACGCCAGCACGCACAGCGGGUCCGAGCUCGUGCUGGUGCCCGACGGCAACCUGCCGCACAACCGGAGGGCGACGCGCGCCAUCGACAUCUUCUCGCUCGGCCUCGUCUUCUUCUACGUGCUGACCAACGGCUCGCACCCGUUCGACUGCGGCGGCAGGUACAUGCGCGAGGUCAACAUCCGCAAGGGCAGCUACAGCCUGCAGUCGUUGGACGUGCUGGGCGACUUUGCGUGCGAGGCAAAGGACCUGAUCGCGUCGAUGCUCGAGGCCGACCCCAAGCGCCGGCCCAGCGCCCUCGACGUCAUGUCGCACCCCUUCUUCUGGACCGCCAAGAAGCGGCUGGCCUUUUUGUGCGACGUGUCGGACCACUUCGAGAAGGAGGUCCGGGACCCGCCGUCGCCCGCGCUGUCGGAGCUGGAGCGGCACGCGCCCCAGGUGACGCGGGCCGACUUUUUGCGCGUCCUGCCGCGCGAGUUUGUCGACUCGCUGGGCAAGCAGCGCAAGUACACGGGCGGCCGGAUGCUGGACCUCUUGCGCGCCCUGCGCAACAAGCGCAACCACUACGAGGACCUGCCCGACGGCCUGAAGCGCCUGGUCGGUCCUCUCCCGGAGGGGUACCUGGCCUUUUGGACCACGCGGUUCCCCCGGCUGCUGCUGGUGUGCUGGAACGUGGUGUACAACGUGCGGUGGGACGACACGGACCGCUUCAAGGAGUACUACGAGCCGGCGGGCCUGUAG